GCUCAUAGAAGAUUCCAGCACCCUCCCCUAACUCCAGGCCAGACUCCUUUCAGCUAGAAGGGAGAUCUGAAUGGCACCUACUUUGUAUGACUAUUGCAGAGGGCCCAUGGAUGACAUUUGGAAGAAAGACGGGGAUAAGCGCUGUAAGCUUCUGCUGGGGAUAGGAAUUCUGGUGCUCCUGAUCAUAGUGAGUCUGGGGGUGCCCCUGAUUAUCUUCACCAUCAAGGCCAACAGCGAGGCCUGCCGGGACGGCCUUCGGGCAGUGAUGGAGUGUCGCAAUGUCACCCAUCUCCUGCAACAAGAGCUGACCGAGGCCCAGAAGGGCUUUCAGGAUGCGGAGGCCCAGGCUGCCACCUGCAACCAGACUGUGAUGGCCCUAAUGGCUUCCCUGGAUGCAGAGAAGGCCCAAGGACAAAAGAAAGUGGAGGAGCUUGAGGGAGAGAUCACUACAUUGAACCACAAGCUUCAGGACGCGUCUGCGGAGGUGGAGCGACUGAGAAGAGAAAACCAGGUCUUAAGCGUGAGAAUCGCGGACAAGAAGUACUCCGCCAGCUCCCAGGACUCCAGCCCUGCUGCGGCGCCACAGAUCCUGAUUCUGCUGCUGGGCCUCAGCGCUCUGCUGCUGUGAGAUCCCAGGAAGCUGGACCUUUUCAGGAGCCCACGGAGUUCGGGGAGACACCACCCCAGUUCCUCCCAGCCCUCGUCUCUGCUGGGAUCAACAUAAGAACUGUGCACCCUCAUCAGGGCUCACCGUUUCCCAGGUGUUGUAUUCUCAUCUCCUCCCUAGAGCCUCUCUUGAUUCCUUGGGAUCCAGUGAGGAAACUGAGGCUGUAACUGAGAGUAACCUUGUCUUGCUUCCCCUCCCGCCUGGAGAAAAUGCUGGGCUGGGAUUUAAACUGCGAUCUGUACACACACACAGGCCAUGCAUUGUCAGAAUGUUUCCUCCUCCUUCAUCCCCCAAACUCUCUCUCUCUCUCUUUUUUUUUUUUUUUUUUUUUGAGACGGAGUUUCGCUCUUGUUUCUCAGGCUGGAGUGCGAUGGCGCAGUCUCGGCUCUCUGCAACCUCCGCCUCCCGGGUUCAAGCGAUUCUCCUGCCUCAGCCUCCCGAGUAGCUGGGACUACAGGCAUGCACCACCAUGCCUGGGUAAUUUUGUAUUUUUAGUAGAGGCAGGGUUUCUCCAUGUUGGUCAGGCUAGUCUCGAACUCCCGACCUCAGGUGAGCUGCCCGCCUCGGCCUCCCAAGGUGCUGAGAUUACAGGCAUGAGCCACCACUCCCGGCUCUUUUUUUGUUUGUUUGUUUGUUUUUGAGACAGAGUUUCGCUCUGUCACCCAGGCUGGAGUAGAGUGGCACAAUCUUGGCUCACUGCAACUUCUGCCUUCUGGGUUCAAGUGAUUCUCCUGCCUCAGCCUCCCGAGUAGCUGGGAUUACAGUACUACAUCACCACACCUGGCUAAUUUUUGUAUUUUUAGUUUUUUAGUGGAGACGGGUUUCAUCAUGUUGGCCAGGCUGGCCUCAAACUCCUGACCUCAAGGGAUCUACCCACCUCAGGCUCCUAAAGUGCUGGGAUUACAGGCAUGAGCCAUCACACCUGGCCCGAUUCCCCAAACUCUUAUUCAUUCUGCAGUACCCAGCUCUGGGAACCACUCCCCCAGAGAGUCUCUCUGCUUCUCCACAAUUGAGGGCUGCAAUCCCAACGGACCCUUCACCUACCUUCUUCGAUCCUCGAAGAUGCCAUAGUCCCUUCCUUCUCUGUUAUCUUACUUCCUCCAAGUUCUCCCGGAAUCCCGGCCAUUGUUUUUGCAACUGCAAUUCCUGUUUGUGGUAAUGGGACCAGAAGUCCCUUGUCCCAGAUUUCUGUACUAUCCUAAGGUCCCACAGUCCCCGGCCCAGAUGGUCGGUGGGAUUUAAAAAAAACAAAAAACAAAAACCCUCUGGCCAGGCACAGUGGCUCACGCCUGUAAUCUCAGCACUUUGGGAGGCCGAGGUGGGUGGAUCACUUGAGCUCAGUUCAAGACCAACCUGGCCAACAUGGUGAAACCCCAUUUCUACUAAAAAUACAAAAAAAAUGGCCGGGUGUGGUGGUUCAUGCCUGUAAUCCCAGCACUUUGGGAGGCCGAGGUUGGUGGAUCACGAGGUCAAGAGAUCCAGACCAUCCUGGCUAACACGGUGAAACCCUGUCUCUACUAAAAAUAAAAAAAAUUAGCCC